CCUUCGGCGCGCUCGUGCGUCUUCGUGUCUCCGACUUCAGGCACUUCCCUCGUUCCCGCCUCCUUCGAAAAAAGAAAAGAGAGGAGGGAGCGCGGGAGGGAGGGGAAGGGGGGAAACCCUCGAGGCUGUGGGGAGAUUAAAAACGAGGAGCGAGUAAUAAAUCAACCCCCAGUUGCCUGAGGAAGGGCGGCCAGAGACAGAGGCAGGGCACGGGCGGAGAGCGCUCCCGCCGGCCGUCGGAAUGCACCUGAAAGACAAAGUGGCUCUGGUCACGGGGGCAGCGCAGGGCAUCGGGAACGCCUUCGCCCGAGCCUUGCUGGAGAAGGGCUGCAAGGUAGCACUUGUGGAUCAGAAUGUGGAACGAGGAAAAGCAAGCAAAGAUGCCUUUGACAAGCAGUUUGAAGCGCAGAGGACCAUAUUUAUUUCUUGCGAUGUUUCAAGUGAAGAAAAACUAAAAGAUGCUUUUAAGAAGGCAUUUGAACAUUUUGGAAAGCUGGAUAUUGUGGUUAACAACGCUGGAGUGAAUAAUGAAAAAAACUGGGAAAUCACAGUUCAAGUUAACUUGAUUUCAGUGAUCAGAGGAACAUAUAUUGGCUUAGAACACAUGAAAACUCAAAAUGGACAUAAUGGAGGAGUUAUUGUUAAUGUAGCAUCACUAGCAGGACUUAUGCCUGUUGCAUUCCAGCCAGUGUACUGUGCUUCAAAGCAUGGUGUAAUUGGAUUUACACGUUCAAUAGCCAUGGCUUCUGAGGCAGCGAACUAUGGUGUACGAAUAAAUACCAUCUGUCCUGCUUUUGUCAACACACCAAUUCUUCAGUCAAUAGACAAGGAAGAAAACAUGGGUCAAUAUGUUGCAUACAUUGACAAGAUCAAAGAUAUGAUGGAAGUCUACGGCGUGUUGGAACCAACACUAAUUGCCAAAGGAUUGAUACAAAUCCUUGAAGAUGAUUCACUAAAUGGACAAGUUAUGAAGAUAACAACGAAGCGAGGAAUUCAUUUUCAUGAAUACAACACAGCACCCAUUGAAACAGGGAAUUCUAAUUUGUGACUGUUUUCAUUCCUGAAAUGAAAUUGUUUGAGUUGUAAAGCAAUGCUAAUGGUACAUCUGAGUUCUAAAUAUUGCUGCCAAUAUUCCUUGUGUGAGGAAUUAGAUACAAAACAAACAUGAUUUUUUAUAUUAAAUUUUUAAUUUUAGAAGUUUAGUUCUUAACUUAAUAUGAGGCUGCAUUCAGAUGGCAGUUUAUUGGAUUCUCCUGAUGUUUCCUUCCCUGAUAAUUUCCACACUUCACUAGAUCUUUCACACAAUGUAAAAGCCAUUUCUAGAAAUCUAGUGGAAUGUAGUUUAGCACUCAUCCCCAUGUUAAUUGCUUCCGGGGGGGGGUGUCCAUUUGCAGCCCUGGAAAACUGAAAAAUCGCAGGAGUUUUGCUCACAUAGUGAACUUUUGGGUGGUAAUUUGACAUACUGAGGGGUGAAUCAUGGGGGAAACAGGAGCACCCAUGUGUGGAAAGGGUGGGGAAGUAGUUAUCAGAGCUAGUUUGACACAAAGCAAAACACAAGUCAUCUGUGGAUUCAAGCCAUGGUGUGAAAUACAGAAUUAAACCAUAUAUUUGGGACAGUUUGUCUGUUUGCUAUGCAUUUGAAGAUAUCUUAAGCUAUCAUAACCAAAUUUUGCAUGAUGGUUCCUGAGAUCAAGUAACAGGUCCUCGUCUGUGUUUGGGUACAAUUGGAUGCCAUUUUGAAUCAAUAUGGUAGACUGAACCUUUCUGAACUGCACUGAUUUUAACCACUGAUUUCAAAGCUGCACUGAUGGGGGGGGUCAGAUCGUAGAAUUCCUGAGCAAUGCCAGGGCCAAGGCUGCUACUACCUAAUAUUUUAAAAUUUAAAAAGGACAUUUUGUAAGUUACUCUCUCUUUAAAGAAAGCUUGUAAAGGGUUAAUAUCAAUAACUACUUAAGGAUCAUAUUACUGAAUUUUGUGGUUCAGAAACCUUGUAUGUGGCCUGUGUAGUUACUGCAAAGAAAAUAAACUUUGAAAUCAAUUUGG